UGUGUAAAUUUAGAUCUCUCUGAAAUGCAUAUCCCGGUUGGAUUACAAUUAAACAAAGAUAAUAACCUCAAUCUAAAAAAGGACAACAACAGAGUUCUUGGGGAAACUCGCACCUGGAAGGUUAACUCUCAGGUUGAAGUGGAGCCAUCGUAUCGCGCCCAUGCUCAGCUGCUAGCAAGACAAGAGUGCUCUGUCGUGGAGUUUGAGAUUCGAACCACUUUGUCAAUUCCUAAAGGUGCCUUCGAGGUUACCUUCAGAUUUGAGAGUAGAGAUAGACAAUGGGAGGUGGACAUUGAAAACAUUCUCGAGGUUUUCCGCCUUGAGGAAGUAGGCAGUGUUCUACAACCUGAAGAAAAGAUGUUUGUGGAGUUGAUUGAGGAGAAGUGGCUGGACAAAGAUGGCGUGGAGCACUCGACCUCCUACCCCCAGAUCAUCACCCGGGGCACCUGUGUCUGCAUUAACUGGACUGACCAGAAAGUGGACAUCAAGACCAGUCCAUUGUCAAUGGACGAGUCCACCUCUGAUGGAGACCACAGCAUCAACAAGAUGUCAAGGGACAGAAGUAUUGAAGACUCGGGCCUCAAUUCAUUUGUUGUCGUCAAUUAGUUAUACAUAGUUCAAUCAAUAUUUAAUCAUGUUUCUAAAUUUUAAAAUCAAAGUUUAAAAAAAAUGUGUUUACUUAAUUUCAGGCACAACCAAUUACUUUUAA